AUGGAAUUGAAACUAGAGAAGCUGACACUCCUCGGAGGACUCACUGCCGCUGACCUUUUCGACUCCUUGAAUAUUGUACUCAUCACAUGGAUGCUGAUGGUCUUUCUUCCAAGGUGGCGCUGGACCCCCACCUUGACGUUAGUCACACCCAUGCUACAUUCCCUGUUGUAUGCGCUGGGUAUAUUCUCGCUGGUUAUCUUUCCGCAAGAUCCAGAUGCAGCGCAGCUCGACUUUAUGUCCUUGGAAGGUGUUGUGACAGGCUUCACGAAUCACAAUAUUGUAUUUGUUGGAUGGGUCCACUACAUUGCCUUCGAUGCCUUGGUAGGGCGAAUGGUUCUCUUGGACUCCCUUAGCCACAACGCAUCUACCAGCUUUCAUAUUUGCGGGGUCGUACCUUCGCUGAUUUUUUGCUUCUUGUUGGGACCAGUGGGGUUUGGACUCUACAUGGUUCUCAGGUUCUUCUUCUUGCCGAAGGAUCCGGUCAAUGAUGGAAAAAUGAAAAUAUUGUAG